GAUAGACCACGGCCGACGAGCGUAGUGUCAGCCGCCAUCUUGCAUCUCGGUUCAAUAUCGCGUAAUGUCGUCGGGUCGCUUGUCAAACUCGCCUAUUAACCUCACUAACUUUUCUAUUUCGUCGAAUUAUUGACAGUCGUGGGCGACGCGUGAAUGGUAACGGCAUCGGGCCCCAGCGAAACGUGCGAGCCGCAGAACGACACCCGCGAAACCUGUUCGCGCGUGCGAGGGAGUCGAAAACGAGGACUGUUAUCGUGCUGUAAUUAUCGCGCACUGUCAACAUUCCUCUGACAAUAACAGAGAACGCCGCUGGACUCGAGCCGGAAAAUGUCCAGCGCGAAAAUCAUCGAGAAUCCAGAAAUACCCGGAUUAGAAUGCUUCCUGCCGCCACCCCCGCCGCCGCCUCCCCCCGUCGCGUCCCCGAAGAGCAACAAUGUACAGAGCCCCGGCGAGCAACCGCAGCCGGAAGCGACUCCGACGGAAACUGCGACCAGCACCUGUCCGAGCGAAGCGCCGGCUAUCACGGUCCCAGCAUCCGUCGCACCGUUCCCGAACCUCCCGGUGCCAGCGCCGUACAUGAUGCACCCCGCGAUGCAACCGCAGACACCCGGACAGCCGGCCACGCCGUGGUGGAUUCCCAAUGACGCCGACACCUCGGACCUUUACGCCCGAUGGUACGACACGACCUACAAAGCUGCAGCCGCGGCCGCGGCGGUGGCUGCGCCCGCGAUCCAGGUCGGCAAGUCGAAGACCAAGCACCACAAACGCAAGAACGAGUUCAUCGAUCCCGCACAGGACGCAGAGAAAGUCGCGAGCGCCCAGAGGGAACUGUCAGCGCUAAUGAAACCGCUGAAAUGCGAUCUCUGCAACGCAGUUAUGAACUCGACGCUGCAGGCGAAGCUGCACUACGACGGCAAGCCGCACCAGAAGAAGGUGUCCAUGUUCUUGAACCAGAGCGUGAAGAAGCAGAAGACGGAGGACGGCCAGGUGACGAGCACGACCAACGACUGGCAGAACUAUUGCGACAUCUGCAAGACCUGGUUCACGUCGCAAACGGACGCGACGCAGCACUACGCCGGCAAGAAGCACAUCAGGGCGGCGAACGGGGGACGUCGUGCGAGGCCGUCGAAGAAGUCGCAAAGUCAAAAUCAGUACAAUCAAAUAGAUCCAACCGGACGGUACAAUGUAGGAACGGGCUUUCAACCCGAAGUCCAACCUCCUGCGGUCACGCAACCGGUCGUACCGGACGGCACGGCAGCCCUACCCACGCCAGGAACGGCCACCCUGUACACACCACCGCCAUAUCCGACGCCACUGCGUUGCGAUCUGUGCGGAGUCUCGGCUAACCGCCAGGACCAGCUAGAGACGCACAAGCGGGGUGCUAGACACUUGCGAAUGCUCAGGUUGAACGGGCUACCAGUUCCCGAACCCGCUACCGAGAACGAGACCACCCCCACGACACCUGGACCCAUAGACUACUCUAUUUACCGGACACCGUCGGGCCAGUACUACUGCGCGCCGUGCAACCUGUCGCUAAACUCGGAGAGCAUGUUCGCCCAGCACGUGGAGAGCAAGAAACACAAAAACCAGUCGAACCCGAAGUCGCCGUCGAACGCCGCGGUGGUGUCGAAGAAAGCGAGAUUCAAGAAGAAAUAAGGCCAGGAGGAAGUCGUGAAGGAGGGGGAGGAGGAGGAGGAGGGUCGUGUGCUAAAUCUCAGCAUCGCCGGACCAUCGUAUUCACGGAGCUAUUCCGUCUCAUUGCCACGGUUACGCGGACGUACCGAUGUCGCGUCGAAGCGACGCGCAACGAUCUAUUUGGAGAAACGAAAUAAACCUCUUGUUCGAUA